UGUCCAGGUCUUUCUGUGAAAGGUCACUGGGUGUCCCAAAGUCCAAGGCGGCCUGUCCAGUCUCUCUGAAGGCCUCCCCUCCCUGGACCGGCUGGGGGCGGGGGGGUGGGGUGACCCUGGUGCAGAGGGAGUUGAGCCGGGCCCCGGACAGCAGGCAGACCUGCUGGCCUGUCUCUUUAAAUCUCAGGUAAUUUGGGAGGAGGAGGGAGUGUCUGCACGGCCCUGCUACUCCCAGGUGGAGCUCCUGCCUAGGAGCCCGGCGGGAGUCCCAGCUCUGCCAAGUGUAACCCACUCAGAGUCUCUGUGUCUGGCCAGUGCACCUCAGGGAGACUCCUUCGGGGCCCAGGAGGCCUGAGACGGGACCUCUACGGGGAGAGGGAGGGCCAGCCCUAGGGGCUGCCGAUGUGGCCCCAAGGCUGAGUCCAGGCUGGGUCUGGCCUGGGCCCCAGCCUCCCAAGGAGCCGGCCCUACACUCCAUGGGGUUGCCGCUGCCCAAGGAGAAGGGGCUCAUUCUCUGCCUGUGGAGAAAGUUGUGUAGAUGGUUCCAGAGACAGGAGUCAUGGGCUCAGAGCCAAGAUGAGCAGAACCUGCUACAGCAGAAGCGGAUCUGGGAGUCGCCGCUCCUCCUCGCUGCCAAAGAGAAUGACGUCCAGGCUCUUACCAAGCUGCUCAAGUCUGAGGCCUGCGAUGUCCACCAGAAAGGAGCCCUGGGGGAGACAGCGCUGCACAUCGCUGCCCUCUAUGACAACCUGGAGGCCGCCCUGGUGCUGAUGGAGGCUGCCCCGGAGCUGGUCAAGGAGCCCGUCACAUGUGAGCUGUGUGAAGGUCAGACGGCACUGCACAUAGCCAUCAUGAACCAGAACAUGAACUUGGUGAAAGCCCUGCUCACCCACGGGGCCAGCGUCUCUGCAAGAGUUACAGGCCUCAAGUUCCGCCUCAGUCCCCAGAACCUCAUCUACUUUGGGGAGUAUCCUUUGUCUUUUGCUGCCUGCAUGGGCAGUGAGGAGAUGGUGAGGCUACUCAUUGAUCAUGGAGCGGACAUCCGGGCCCAGGACUCCCUGGGAAACACAGUGUUGCACAUCCUCGUCCUCCAGCCCAACAAGACCUUUGCCUGCCAGAUGUACAACCUGCUGCUGUCCUAUGACGGUCGUGGGGACCACCUACAGUCCCUGGAGCUCGUGCCCAAUCACGAGGGUCUCACCCCGUUCAAGCUGGCCGGAGUGGAGGGCAACACCGUGAUGUUCCAGCACCUGAUGCAGAAGCGGAAGCACAUCCAGUGGGUCCUCGGGCCCCUGACCUCCACUCUCUAUGACCUGACGGAGAUCGACUCCUCGGGGGAUGAGCAGUCCCUGCUGGAACUUCUUGUCACCUCCAAGAAGCGGGAGGCUCGCCAGAUCCUGGACCAGACGCCAGUGAAGGAGCUGGUGAGCCUCAAGUGGAGGAGAUACGGGCGGCGGUACUUCUGGGGGCUGGCUGCUGGGUACCUGCUGUACAUCAUCUGCUUCACCGUGUGCUGUGUCUACCGCCCCCUCAAGCCCUGGACCAACAACCAAACUGACCCCCGAGACAACACCCUCCUGCAGCAGAAGCUACUUCAGGAGGCCUACGUGACACCCAGGGACCACCUCCGGCUGGUGGGGGAGCUGGUGUCCAUCUUUGGAGCCGUGAUCAUUCUGCUCAUAGAGAUUCCAGACAUCUUCCGCGUGGGGGUCAUUCGCUUCUUUGGACAGACCAUCCUUGGCGGGCCAUUCCAUGUCCUCUUCAUCACCUAUGCCUGCAUGGUGCUGGUGACCAUGGUGAUGCGGCUCUCCAACACCGACGGCGAGGUGGUACCCAUGUCCUUCGCCCUGGUGCUGGGCUGGUGCAAUGUCAUGUACUUCGCCCGAGGAUUCCACAUGCUGGGUCCCUUCACCGUCAUGAUCCAGAAGAUGAUUUUUGGCGAUCUGAUGCGAUUCUGCUGGCUGAUGGCUGUGGUCAUCCUGGGCUUUGCCUCAGCUUUCUUUAUCAUCUUCCAGACAGAGGACCCUAACAAGCUGGGCCAUUUCUACAGUUACCCCAUGGCGCUCUUUAGCACCUUUGAGCUGUUUCUCACCAUCAUCGAUGGCCCCGCCAACUAUGACGUGGACCUGCCCUUCAUGUACAGCGUCACCUAUGCCGCCUUCGCCAUCAUUGCCGCUCUGCUCAUGCUCAACCUCCUUAUCGCCAUGAUGGGUGACACGCACUGGCGGGUGGCCCACGAGCGGGAUGAGCUCUGGCGGGCCCAGGUCGUGGCCACCACAGUGAUGCUGGAACGGAAGCUGCCUCGCUGCCUGUGGCCUCGCUCCGGGAUCUGCGGGUACAAGUUUGGGCUGGGGGACCGCUGGUUCCUGCGGGUGGAAGACAGACAGGAUAUCAACCGGCAGCGUGUCCAGCGCUAUGCCCAGGCCUUCUACAACUCGGACUCUGACGAGGACAUGGAGAAACCACGUCUGGGCGGCCCCUUCAAACCCCCCCAGUCCCUUCAUCUCCCCUCAGUGUCUCGAAGUACCUCCCGCAGCAGCACCAACUGGGAGAGGCUUCGGCAAGGGACCAUGAAGUCAGAGCUGAUGGGAGUGGUCAACAGGGCCCUGGAGGACGGGGACAGCUGGGAGUACCAGAUCUGAGUGCCUCCUGUCACUGUGGAGCCCAGCGGCAUCCAAAAACCAAAACGCCCCAGACCUCCCACCUGCCAGGUCAAGGGAGCAGAGGAGAACAAAUGGAAGCCCAGGAGUGGGGCUCACAUCUCACCCCAAAGCCAGGGCCUCACCAGGAGGACCCCGCCUCACCCACGCUGGCCCUUAGCGAAUGCGGCUGCACUGAGCAAAGCACUUUAGGAGAGGCUUGCUGCCCAGGCACCAGCCGCUACCCCGGUGUCACAGCUGCAGCCAGCUGAGGCGGCUGUGGAAAGGGUGUAAAUGAGGGAAUGGGUGCCCCCUGGGGGUGAAGCCACCUCCUACCUUCCAAUAAAGUCAUUGCCUGCUCCGUC